GACAGCACCAUGACCUAAUUGUGGACAAAAUGGCGGAAUGUGAAAAUGACGUUUGUUUACCAAGAACGUGACUUUGUGAUCAGUCUCUGAUGUUAGUUAGAAUAUUAUCUCUAAGCUAGUUAUGAUUUAUACUAUGAAGUAAGGCAUACCAAGGCAAGAAACAAGUAAGGAGAAGAUAAGCCAUGUAUGAAGUAACAUCAGUGAAAGAAGUGAAAGUGUGUUUACUGGGGGAGUCUGGGGUAGGGAAAUCUAGCAUUGUGUUAAGAUUUGUAUCUGAUACCUUCAAGCAAGGCCUAGAAAUGACUAUAGGGGCCUCCUUCAUGACCAAGACUCUGGUGGUUGACCAGCAGACAGUCAAGUUCCAGAUCUGGGACACGGCAGGACAGGAGAGGUACCGAGCACUAGCUCCUAUGUACUACAGAGGUGCAUCUGCAGCCAUUAUUGUGUAUGAUGUCACCAAGAGAGACACGUUUGAUGCGGUCAAGGGUUGGGUACGAGAACUGGCCAACUACGGACCUAAGGACAUCAUCAUAGCACUGGCUGGUAAUAAAAGUGACUUGGAGGAUCUUAGAGAGGUCACCAAGAAAGAGGCAGCGCAGUAUGCUGAGCAGAUUCAGGCCAUAUUUAUUGAGACCAGUGCUAAAAAUGACAGUGGAAUCAAGGAGCUAUUCACUAGAAUAAUUUCUAGACUGCCUGCAGACUUCUCAGGAAAGCCAAAAGAUGGCCACCAGAAUGCAAAGAAACUACAUGAAAAAGAGGAGAAGAAAGGAAAAUGUUGCUGAUAUUUCUUUAUAGAAAAGAUAAUUGAAACUGUGUUCAUAUCUAAGUCAAAAGAAUGCUGUGUUAUGUAAAAUAUAUAGGAAUUAUAUUAAUUGAAUAAUAUCAAGGCAAAAAAUGAUGUGUAGCUGCCAAGUUGAAGGGCAUAGGUCUGCUAGGCUGUGCUGCUUGCUAUUACCCACACACACACAUGGUGGAUCCUAGAUUUUUUUUGAAAGUGGAAAAUGGAUACAAGAGAGGCACAAGGGUAAAAAUAUUAUGCCUCAUUUAUCUACACUUGUUUUCAUUUGAAAAUUUACAGAAAGUAUGAGAGGAAGGGGGGUCUGGAUAUGCAAACGAUACUGCAACAUUUUUUCUUAAACAUCAUCACAUAAAUUCUGAUAAAAUUGCAUUUGCGAGGCAACUGAUGAUUUUGACAAAUAGCUGAUUGGUAUUUAAAAAUGGGAAAGUUAGUUGGGUGAAUUUGGUAUUGUCAUAUCUAAGUGAUAUAGCAGUAACAGGUUAUUUCUUUAAGAUCGUUUUGAAAAUAGUCUUAUUUAGUGCAAUACCCCAAGUCGCUAGUAUUGACACAUAAUGACCCUUUUUUCUGUGUUCACAUCUCGAAAAUUCUUUGAUGUAUGAGUCCUGCCUCUUGUGUUCUUCUAUUGCAUAAUUUACCAGUGUAUUUUAUAAAUCAUGAUCUAUUUAGAUUGAGAUGUAAGUUACAGGAUUAAACAGCUCAGAAUGAUUAGAAAGGGUUUUAAAAGCCAGAAGUUGGGAAUUCUUGGACCGUGAUUGGAGAUCUUGGACCGUGAUUGGUCUGGGAUUAAGUUUUAUUACAGCAGAUGUCACAUGCUUUAAGUCAUGUCACCGACAGAGAAGUGCAUAAACAUUUUCUCUGCUUAAUUUAUUUCAACAUAUCAGUAGAACUGAGGAGUUUUUAUAAAUAUUUCACAUUUACUUUAAACUCUUUCAUAAUGUAAAGCAACGACUUGGUAAAUUAAUUUGAUGUUUGUUUUUUCUACUUGCAUGGGACUUCUCAUUUGUUAUAUGUCAUAUAAAUUUGAAAAACUAUUUAAAAGGUUUUUAAAUACUUAUAUAUUGUAGUAUUAUGAAGGAUUUUUUCUAUACAAAUUAACAGAAGUAUAUUUUUAAAACA